AGACUGCACAGCGGGGCGCCGGGGCCUCUAUAUGAGAGUGAGGGAUCAGCAGCCGUUCUCGCUUACACGCGCCCCCGAUCAGGCGCUCCGGUGGCGCUUCGCGUCACCCCUCAUCGUCACUUCCCCAUCUCUCCGCGACGCCGCCCCCCAUCGCCUCGCUCCAGGCACCAAGGAACAAGAUGUCAAAUAGAGCCACACAUUGGUGUUAUGCCUGUCGGAGGCCAAUUCGCCUCCGCGGACAGGAUAUCAUAUGCCCCAACUGCAACGAUGGUUUUAUCCAGGAAAUCAGUGAGAUGGGUGGCAUGUUGAACACUUAUGGACUAAUUGAACCAGACUUUGAAGAGCGUCGAGCUAGAAGAUUUGGGAUGAUGGAGGCCAUGUCUUCCCUUAUGCGGCAACGUAUGGCAGCAAUGGACAGAAUGGCAGAAAUGGACAGAAACAGUGUUUUUGAUAUCCAUGGUAGACAAGGGACCAGCACUGAACAUGGAAGGCGGCCAACUUCUGUUCCUACACUGAUAUUUGGCAGCAACCCUGCUCCUGUUCCUGGAAGCGAUAGUGGUAAUGUUAAUGUUGUCUUCUCUGGAGGCCGUAGAGUUGGCAUUGACCGUCCAAAUUUCAGUCGUUUUCUUGUUGGUCCCAGCCUUGAAGCUUUAUUUGAGCAGCUACUCCUCCAGAAUAACCGUCAAGGCCCAGCUCCUGCUCCACAGUCGGCUAUUGACUCCAUGCCUGUGGUGAAGAUAAACCGCAGGCAUUUCAAUGACGAUCCACAGUGCCCAGUUUGCAAAGACAAGUUCGAGCUUGGAGCAGAGGCGCGGGAGAUGCCAUGCAAGCACUUGUACCAUACCGACUGCAUCAUCCCCUGGCUUGUUCAGCACAAUUCUUGCCCUGUAUGCCGCCAUCCUCUGCCAUCACGACAAUCAGGCAUUAACAAUAACGCCCGCGCACCUUCAGCCUACUCCAAUGAAACCGCUGGUCCUGGUGUCACCGAAGCAGAUACCGAGCCUGUGCCAAUAAACAAUGAUGGUGCAAGUCAGGAAACACACAGCUCCUUCUCGUCUCUCUGGCCAUUUGGCCCGUCGAGUUUCCCUCCCACUUCUUACCAGUAUCAAGAAACUGUUGAUGAGCCUGCAGCAUACGAUCCAAACCAGAUAGGAUAUUCCGAGUGGUACUAUGACCACUGACUGAACCCCUGCUCCAAAUCCAAGCGAUCAGCGCAAGUAUUGCCUGGAACCUUCAGAUUACGUGGAUGUGGUGCCUGUGAUGGUUGCUCUUCGGGUAAAAAUGGGUGGCUCCUGCCUGUAGUCUUGUGUUCAGUGUAUACCUUGUUUUUCAUGUGCAGUGUCGACCUGUGGAAGUCUGUAUAGAGAGACUAGAGGCUACUGAGCGCAAUGAACGCUCCUGUAAUGCCCGUAUAUCCCUGUUUGGUGUGUCAAGGGUGCUUCCUUCUUGCCUGUACUGAGCACAACGAAUUCUGCAUAUCCAGUCUUAAGCUAUACAUAAGAUUCCUUACUAGCAGUCACCGAUGAACUGCUUGCAUCCA